UCUGUCAAGUAUUUUGACUCCCCAAACAACUUAAACGGUGUAGCCGGUGGGGCGGUGGUACAAAUAAUCACCUACUAGAAACGAUACAUUUGAGAAAGAGGAGAACAGAUCAAAGUCAGAGAGAUAUGUUGGCGAGAAGGUUGAGUUCUUUAUUUAAGAGCUCCCCAUCUUCAAAGGCUUCUAGCUCUGCAAAGCCUUUGGACGAGGAAAAAAGCAAGUCAUUUGGUCGUAAAGCCGUGUCUUUUGUCUUGAUUACAGUUACCGGCGGUGUGGCUUUGAGUGCUCUUGACGACCUUGCUAUUUAUCAUAGCUGUAGCAGCAAGGCAAUGGAGAAAGCUAUUAAGAAUCAGGCAAUCAUUAAUGCUAUUGGAGACCCUAAAGAAGGGCCCAUGGUACAUGCAUCUCUUGCAGUAACUCACAAGAGACAUUCUGUUUCUUGCACGUUUCCUGUCUCAGGUCCCCAAGGCAAUGGAGUCUUCCAGUUGAAGGCAGUCCGUAAUGGAGGUCUGCUGUAUUUAAGUCUGGUUUUCUUCUUUACGGCACAAAACUGGGAAAUUCUAAUCAUGGAUGCUCUCCACCUUCCUGAAAACGAAGGGAAACAACAAACAAUGCGAAUCAGGUCUCGGACAAUUUCUCACCCUCAGCUUGUAAGUCCUGCACCCUGCAACCUCAGCAGAAAACAAUGAAAAAGUAAACUCUAAAUUGGAUGCGUUUUUAGGUUUUCCUUAUCUCUUGCUCUUCUGAAAUUCAUGUGGUCAUCACAAAAAAUUUUGCACAAUUUUUUUUUUUUUUUUAUAUAAUAA